AUGGAUUCCGAAGCCCAAAGGCAACAGCGCGCGCUUUAUACCAGAUACGCGUCUGAUUACCACCACGCGCUCUCGGUGAUUCGAGAAGAGAUCGAGGACGCAUUUCCUGAGGAUCGGCUUUCACACACCCAGAUAAGCGACAAGUACAAAGAGCUGCGCUCGCUUUAUCAAAAUUUCCUUGCUUUCCUUGAACUUCCUGACCUGGAAUACGAUGAGGAAACUGGAAAAAUCGAUGCUCCUGAUGCACGGUGGAGUUUCAUUCGCUUGAAAGGCGGACACAAGUGCGAACAAGACCUGCGAGAGCGAGGUUUUAGCCCAGCCAGGCUCCAGCUCUUUCGUAGCGCCUUUCCCUACGAGCAGGGAAACUCGCUGAUGAUGAUGUGCAGCUGGGACUCGGAUGACGACCACUUGCUGAAGGAAAUCUUCAAGAAGAAGAAGAGAGCGCCUCAGGGCCAGAAAAAGGCGGAGCCGAAACCGGGGGAGAAGAGGAAGCGAGUCACCAAACCCGCAUCAAAAGCAAAAGCCACGAAAGUGUUCUCGGAGAAGUUGAAGCAAUCUAUUCGCCUGGGUCCAAUGCGCGAAGGAGAGGAGAAGAUGCCGUUUGCUCUGCGAGAGUUUACACGGGUCAAGUCUGAUGCGCAGACCAGGAUGAAGCUAUUUGACACGCCCGACACUACGAUCAACGAUUUUCUCGACCUUAUCCAACAUCACGAUGACCUGAUGAUCAAGUACCAUUCCUCCAAUGACGGGGGUAAACGGAAAAUAUUCUGGAGGCUUCUACAGGACAAUGGAAAAUUUUCCGUUCGAUGGUGA